AAGCCCACCUUGCAUUGUUACUAUCCCCUGCCUGGAAUGUGAUGUCUGAGCCCUGCACUGCAGGGAAGGGAAGAGAAAGGGGGAGAGAGCUUCUCAGGAAACCAAAGGGCUGGACGUGCUUUCUUCCUUGCUGGCCGAUUCUACACCAGGUAGCAAUGCAGAAGUCCGAUCACGGGAGAAUUUUGAAGCAUUGAUAUACUCAUAAUUGGAAUGUAUACAUUUUGACAGGCUAAGAUGGUCUCUGGAUGUCAUUCAAGGUGUGCUUAUCAGGAAGAAAAAGGAUAAUUGGUGAUCUCAUUUUGGAUUUGACAUUACCAAAUUAAAAUCAUUAAAAUUCCUGAGAGUCAUUGUUAUACUGUGCAAAAAUGGAACAUUCAAGUCGCCAUCUGCGAUUUAAGCUACAAAGUCUUAGCCGGCGUUUAGAUGAACUAGAAGAAGCAACAAGGAACCUACAAAAGGCAGAAGAUGAGGUUCUGGAUCUUCAGGAUAAAAUCAUUCAGGCAGAAGGUAGUAAUUCAAGCAUGCUGGCAGAGGCAGAAGGGUUAAGGAAAAGAGUAAUGAAGCUUGAAGGGAAAGAUGAAGAGGUGAAGAAGGCUGAAGAUUUGUGCAGGCUGAUAAAAGAGAAGCUAGAAAAUGAAGAAAAUAUAGCCCGGGAACUUAGACUAGAAAUUGAGCAACUCCAAAAAAGAAUGAGUGAGCUGGAGAAGCUGGAAGAAGCUUUUAGCAAAAGCAAAAGUGAUUGCUCACAACUCUGUCUUAGCUUAAAUGAAGAAAAAAAUAUGUCAAAGAAGUUAUCUUCUGAACUGGAGUUACUAAUGACCAGGGUAAAAGAACUGGAAUCUUCUGAAAAUAGGCUGGAUAAAGCUGAACAGCUUUUAACAAGUGAGCUGGAUAAAAUUAAGUCUUUAACUCUUAGUUUUGCUAAUGAAAGAAAACGUUUCCUAGAGCGGGAAAAGCUAAAUGAAAAAAUAAUUUUGGAACUUAGAGAGCAGCUGGAGGCUAAAGAGAAAAUAAUGGGAGACCAGAAAAGAAAUGAAUCCAAUCUUUUGGAGAGGUCCUCUGAUCAGCAUGGAGAACGCAAUAGUUUAAAAAUUGAAGAUACACUAACGUCUAAGACAUUACAAAGGGUGAGUUCUGAUUAUAUUAAACAAUCCGAAAUUCAAAUCAGCAGUGAAAAUGAAAAGAAUACACAUCAAGAAGACAACAAAAUAAAAGAACUGAAUCAAGAAAUUGAAAAACUUAAGAAUCAGCUUAAACACUUUGAGGAUUUAGAGGAAGAACUGAGACAAGUUAAAGAAAAAAACUGUGAACUACAAGAAAAUGUCAUCAGUGAGCAGAAUAAAAACAGACAGCUAACUGAUGAAUUGGAGACUUUAAAAAGGAAAGCUAACCAGUUUACAGAAGUUGAAAAUGGGGUUCUGGACAGUAACGAUAUAUCACACAAUCAAAUAAAAAAUGAAAGAACCAAAAAUAAGUUUGCAUCAACUGAACCAUCCAUUUCAAAAUAUACUUCUCGAGAUGUAUCGCCUCAACAGCUGAAGAGUGAAAGGUCUCGAAAUUCAGAAUCUCUUUAUAAGAGGCAAUUAUCAAACAGUAGCUCAAGCAGUAGAAAGUCGUCAAGAUCUCCUCUGAAUGAUACCACAAUAGGAAACCUACGCAAACAAGAGGAUAAAACAUUGAUGUCUUCAUAUUUCCCGAGUGGUAAAGACUUUGGCUCAGCACAAAAUGAGUUAAAAAAAUAUAAAGAUCAGCCAUCUGUUUUAAGUAGGUAUCCACCAGCUGUCCAAGAGCAAGUUAGUCAAAAGUCUUGGAAAGCGUCUACAGGUAAACAGACAGACAGGUCCAUACAACUGUUUGGUGAAGAUUAUUCCAGUAAAGCAAAUUUAAAGAAAGACAUUUUGUUAGAUAAUGUACAGAAUAAAGAGAGACCAUUUGAAGACUAUUCUGACAACACAGUCGCCACAAACCUUCAUGAAGAAAUAGUACCCAUUGAAAAUUGUUCAGCCACCAUUGGCUCAGAAUUGGUUAAUCACAGCCCAGAUGUUAGUAAAGCUCAAGAAAAUGGUAAUUUUAUUGGGGAAAAUGAACAUAGGCCACAUAUAAACUCAAAAGACCUUGAAUUUAAACCUACAUCUAGGGACAGAUUGUCUAAAUAUUCAGACAUCUCAGGAGGAGAUAGCAUCACAAAUAAUCGUGAGCAAACUGAAAGUAAUCAAAAAUCGCUAAUUUUAAAUGAAGAAGUUGAUCCACAAAGCAAUCAAACUUCAAAUACCCAAAGAUCUUACUAUGGUAGAGAUAAAACAAGAGCUACAUCCUCAAAGCCACUAAUUCCAGAAAAACCGCAUAUUUUAGACCGUUUAGACUACAGGGAUCCUGACAGAAAAGCUAAGUUGUCAGGACUUCACACCAGGAGACAGUAUAGUCCUAAAGAAAAAAAUACACUGCAAGAAAACUUGACCACAUCAUCUUUUGAAAAUCACAUUCCUUCUUUCCAAAGAGAGGUAUCAACGGAAUCCUUUAGAAAAAUAUCCUCUUCCGAUAGCUUAGAAAAUACAGAGAUUAAUUCUUACACAGCAACUCGAACAAGAUCAUGUAGUCCAAGAGAAGCUUUGCAAUCCACAGUGAUCAUUAAACCUGCUAUUAUUGAAAAAGAUAUGAAAGAAAGUAUGAGUGACUACAGGGCAAGAUCAAGCUCCGAGUCGAGCAGAUCUCCGGUAAAUGCGACCCCAAACAAAGUGACAACCAGCAUUAAGAUUUAUCCAUCUGAAGCUAUCUCCUCUCGCACAAGUAUAGAUGAGCCCACAAGGGAAAGACAUACUUCAACUAGUAAUAUUAGACUUUCUGCAAAUGAUCAGGCAGUGUUAAAAAACAACAUAAGUAUACCACUUGAAAUAUCUAUUAACAAGGAGGAUAUAGUACUCAAAGUGUCAAAUGCGGACCAGACAUUGGCUCACAAAGAAAUUACCAGGGCCAUUGACCGCAGGAUUCGGAAGGCGCAAGCAAAGGGAGUUGAUAAUGAGCUUGAGAGUGAACCAGUCACAUGGAAAAGUCAUACCAGAUUUGAAACCAACCAUUUGGACAGUAAACGUGGAACUGCUAGAAGUUGGAGGAAAGGGGUCUAUGGUUCCACUGAAGAACUAGAUAGAAUUGACAGGGAUUUUUCUGAAACCAAUAGUAGACGUAAAUCAUGCUUUGGUGAAGAAAAGUCUUUAAGGUUACGUAAUCACGAGCUUUACACAAGAAAUAAAAGUACAAGUGUGAGCAGUUGGAGUACUACUCCAGAAUAUUUGUCUAAAAGGAGCCAGAGCACCAUAACUGAAACCGAGAUUGUGUCGAGAAGAAAUACAUCAAAUGACUCUUUAUUGGGAUAUCCUUCCAGGAGUCACUCAAGUGUUGAUGAUGACAGUUUCAGCACCAGAAGAAAAUAUACCAGUGAUAGACUAGCAAGAACGGAGAUUGCUGGAUGGAGGCCGACUUCGACCCCAAGGCAAAAGGGUGUGGUGGGGGAAAGGAUUCGACAAUUGGAGCACUGAGUUAUCCACUAUAAGGGAAUGGUCUGUGCUUUAAAAGAAAAUUGACUUUUAUCCACUCUACCUAAAGACUAUUGCUUGUUUCCCACUCUGCACUUCCAUCCAAGUAUUGAAUGGACCUCAGCCAAUGUGUACAGUUGUGCGACGUUUUCUUUUUUUAAUGUAUUUUUACAUGUCCUUAGCUUUAUCAGCCAUCCUGGCAAGGGAAUUACUGCAUGAUCUCUCAGGUUAAAAAGAAGGGCACAUAUAUUGCAACUGUAUUUAGUGCUCAGCAUUAAAUAUGG